AUGCUAUUUCCCCCAAUCUGGACAUCACAUCGACACAUGCGGCGUAACCCGCAGACCAGGGACUUGAUGGCGAGGUAUUGGAUGGUCAACAAGCAUACUCGUAGUAGUACCAUGUCGUCCGUAACCUCCGAACGUCCGUCGCAGUCUCGUAAACAGACCAGCAACCCUGGAUUGAUCCCUCAGAGCCCUGAUCUACGACGCCGAGUCUCAAUCGAAAGCAUCAUCCUUGCUAAGUCUCAAAACAAACGCAAGAAACAGUCAACCGGUUCUACAGUAACGGUAAUCACCUCUGAUGAAGAAUCCGUGGCUGGAGUGAUUGAAUCCGAAGGUAGCUUGACACCUUCUCCCAAGUGGAAGAAAAGUAAAGGCAAGGCUAAGAAGCAUAAGAAGCAAUCAUCAAAGAGCGAUGAGGUUAGUACACAUUAA